AUGUCACAAGUGUCAUCAGCAAUGUCAUUAUGUUCUGAGAAGUUAACACUUUGGAUUCUUGUUGGAGGUGAUCCAGGUCCUACACAAUUUCCUGUUGAAUGGAACACCUCACCACCAAACUUGGACAAUCUUGCAUGUAAACUUCGUACUCUUGUCACAAAUUUGAGCACAACUGAUGCAAGUCCUUUGGUUGUAUGUUACCCAUUCUCUAGUUCUGAAGAAGAUAAAAAGAAAACACUCAAUAAAAUAGUGGAGAAAAUUAAACUGAAUGAAAGUGGUGAAUAUGAGAUCAGAAAGAAGGCAUAUGGAGAAUGGGAAAUAAGUGAAGUUUUUGAGAAGUUACUGCAUAAGAGUGGAUCAUCAGUAGGUGACAUCAAUCAGUUUGACAUAGAUCCAGAAAUUUCUGAUGAUAUAGUUAAUUCCUUUAUUGGUGAACUCAAGAAAAAAAAGACCUUUAUUCACAUUAAUCGUAAUGAGAGCACCUGCAGAGAGUUUAUUUCUGCUUUUAUGACUGCAGCUGUUGAACAUGUCCAGUUAAAAGAAAGUAAACUUUGUCUCAAGAGUGAAGAGUAG